UUCUCUUCCUCACCCACCUCUCAUUCCUUCUUGCUACUCCUCUUCUUUCGUUUGCAGUCGUAGCUUCAAGCUUCAGGGAGUCGUAGUACUGCAAGAUGAGUUACUACGAUCAGGCACCUCCAAAUUUUAAGUCACCUUACCCUGGACCGGCGGCUGGUUACCCUCCGGCAGGUUACCCUCCGCCACCACCGGCAGGUUACCCUCCGGCAGGUUACCCUCCGCCACCACCGGCUGGUUACCCUCCGGCAGGUUACCCUCCGCCACCGCAGUACGCGCAGCAGCCUCCACCUCCCCCUGCGCAGAAGAGCGGCCCUGGUUGUUUCGAAGCACUUCUUGCGGCUCUUUGUUGCUGCUGUGUCCUGGAAGCUUGUCUCUAGUGAGGAAGGCCCUGGAUGGCCUAUGGCACGUCGCCUUUGAGGUUGAAGACUUUCGUUUCUCCCAGUUUACCUUUUUCCAGAUGUGGAAAUUAGAUGCAAUUGGUUCAUUUGUGGUAUAAAUCAGAAAGAAGACAAGUCUUUGUAGUUUCUGUCGUUUAUGAGUGCUUCUGACAAAAUAUCACUGCAAUUUAUGUGAGUAUUAUGCAGCAUCAGUAUGUGAGGAUUUUUCAAAUAUGUUCUUAUACAUCUAAUUGCAUAGAUGGACUGAAACUGUGCAACGAUUUUGAAGUAAAGAAACCACGGAAAUGUAAUGUUAGAAUAGAUGUUAUAAACCAAGAAAUAAAACCACCAAUUUUUGAAGCCCUUUGGCAAAAUUCAA